AUGAACAGAAGAAGAUCUGCCAGUGCUGCUGAACGCACUAAAGUCCGGACACACGCACUGGACGCUGGCUCCUCAUGGCGCACGGCUCUGCUACACGCUCCUCCCGCAAACGCAGAUCUCCGCCGGGUUCUAGGCACUCGCACAGGCUCCAGGGGCCUCCCGCUGCAGGCUCCAGAGAGAGGGCGUCUCCACGGGCGGGCACAGACGCGCACUGAGAACACGCCUCGCACCUCGGCCUCUGGGUCAGCCCUGCCCCCGCCCUCCGCUCCGCCCCCCGCGCUGCCAUCUAAGGAAAUUACUCCCAAAUAA